CAUCUUACCACUUGUACAUCUCAUUCUGUGUAUAAUUCCUACUGUUGUCGUUCUUUAUUAUUGAUUGCUGCUUUUACUGACGUAUCUAGACUGCUGUCUCUUCUUGAAAACUUUCAAAUGAUGUGUAUCAAAGGCCUUUGGUGAUCUUAUUGCUUCGUUUUUAAUCGGAAGAUACAUUUCCUCUACUGCAGACUUUUUGUUGUGCCCCUGAGCUCAUACACAAAAUCAUCCUAGUUUUUGUCGUCAUACACUCCAACAAUCUCAUUGUGUGUCAUUAUCCUUGAUGUUUUCUUGAUCAGCAUGGAGGAGCUUCCUGCGGAGCUCGUCUUCCACAUAGCGACAUUCCUUGAACCGGAUGACCUCGUGAGGCUUCAGUUUGUGUCGCGAAGACUGUCCUCCCUAGCACGAGAUCAAAAGCUAUGGAAGCGCCUAUGUUUCGAAAACUCGCGUUUUCAAGCCCUCCGACGGCGGCGUGAGCUGACGUCUGCUUCCAUGGCCAUGUCACUCCAAAACAUCCUGAUACAUGGUGAUUCCCGGGCUGUCGCACUCCAGCGAGCAGCGACGACGGCAUUUACACGCCCAAGCCCGACGCCAGGCACCAUUCCCGGCUUAGACUCUGAGGAUGCAAUGACGAAUACACCUGCCAGUUUCAAUGAUAUACAGGGUCGUCUGCCACACCGCGUAGCACUCAAUGAAACACGGCGAGCAAUGGCAAAUUGGGAUCCUUCCUAUCCAACUGAGAAAGUCGAUUGGUAUCAGGAAUACAAACAACGACAUGCGCCCAUUUCGAUGGAUUGGUUACAGCAGCCGACAAACGGCGCACAAAGGAGCCAGCGACAGACACUAGAUGUCCUUGGGGUGGGACUAUAUCAGGACGAUUCCGACGUUGCUCAGUAUUCGCGAGUAGUUGCCCCACUCGGCGAUGGAAGUGUUUGUCUGUGGGACCUUGACGAGGGCAAAGUCCGCGCCAGGAGCGGUCCAGGACUCCUUUCAGUUAACGGGCCAUUCUCUGGACUAGACAAUGGAGGAGGCAAAGCUGAGAUGACGAGCACGGGUGUGGUGGAAUGUGUGAGUGUGGAUAGCGCGCAAAAAAAGGCAUAUUUUGCCGUACAAAGCGGCUUGAGCGAGGUCGACCUCGAAACGCUUCAGCUCAUUUCGCAUGAGCGGUUUCCGUUUUCCAUCUCGGCCUUGUCAGAGGCUAGACAUCCAGUGCCGCUGACAGUAGGCACAACGCUGAGUCUGCACCUUCACGACUCACGUGUAAGCCAGAUGUCAAGAUUCUCGACGACGUCAACUGAUGAACGAUGCGAUAUACCUGUGAGCUCAUAUGGUCAUCGACAUCACUGUGCCUAUUCUACUGAAGACUAUAGUCUUCACUCUUUACUUACCAGGACCUCCCUCCCGAAAUACGCCCCCUUAUUCCAACCGGGCCCACUAUCAAUUCUUCAUCUGCCUACUUCUGAGGGAAGAAUGAAUGACGCCAGCGAAGGCGGCAUCUAUGUUGCGGGCCGCUUCUCCAGCAUUCUCAAUUACGAUCGACGAACCUUUCCAAAGCUCCGAGGGCAUUUACACUCUGGUGCGAGUCUCUGCAGUUUGACUUCGCUGCCAUACCCGUUUACGUCCCUUCAUGCAGAUGUGUUGCCCGUGAACGAACUUUCUGUCGAAGACAUUGCCGAGAGAAAAUCUCGAGAAGGACAAACUCUAGUUGCAUGUGGCGAAUACAACACCAAAGGCUCGCUCGAGCUUUACGAAAUAUCCCAAAGUCCUUACACAUCCAGCCACAGCAGCAAUAACAAUAAAGACAGCAUAGAUGCACCUAGCCUCAAUCAUGGAGGCCAGAAAACAUCUACCUACAAGAACCGCUUUUCCGCAUCAAGCUCCAAGCUCCUUUCUGUUGCUACGCAUGGAACCCGUCUCGUUUUCGCCGACGGCAAUGGCCUGCUCAAAUGGGUCGAGCGAGAUGGCGCGUCCGAAGUCCGCAGGUGGAACAUCAACAAUUCUCUCACAAGGCCAAUACUUGACACCGAGUCUCACCAUGAGCUCAAUAUUCGGUCCAUAGCACAGCAAUUUGACCGAGAGGAUGACAUACGCGAUACUAUCCGCUCACGAGGUGGGUCCAAUGGCAUCGGCAGCAGCACUACCAGUGCCGCCGCAGACAUCACCAGGCCCUACAGUCCCGUCAACGACACGGUUGUCCGCAAAAUCCUUCCCAUCCCACAAAGCCACGGCCGAGGUCCAGGCGAGCUGCUUCUUUGGACAGGCGAGCAGAUAGGAGUGCUCGGAUUCGGCGGUAGCCAAAAGCAAAACUUAUUCCGCCGGUCGUCAUAUUUGGAUGAUCCAGACCAAAUGGAGCCUAAAGAUGAGCGUGAAAUGCACAGUUUACAAGAGCAAGCACGCGUAUACCGGGAGGAAAUGCUGCAUGAGGAGGCCAUGCGUCGCGCUCUGGAACGACAAGCCGAUGAAGUGAGGUUUCUGCGAGGCCUUGGUUUUGGUCGUUAUGGCAUCUGAUCGUCUUUAUUGCGGAACCCAGGAAAAACAUAGUACAAAUGAGGGAUCUUCAUUCCUUUGUCUUUCUCAAUUUUCUUUUUCUUUUAAACCCUUGUCUCUUCUCAUUUUCCCCAAUUU